CUAAUAAUCUCAUAACGAACUGUUCACAUCAAGUGCAUUAAACAAAAACCAAGUUGCGAAUACGACCACAUGGACAUGGUUGAUGUGUUGGAUCGAGACGGCUUUUAACGUCUCCAUUUCUCUACCCGAAUCCGACCGAGCUUCCUUCUGCCUUCCUCGGCUGGAGUAGUACCUUCCUCUCUCUCUCUACCACCAGGGCACCAGCCUAGUACCUCCCAGACCAAAACUUCACUCAACAAUAACAAAAUCCCAAGGCCUUUUAAAGGAUCAACGUGGUAGAGAGAGAGGGAGAGGGAGCAAGAAGAGCAGCUAGCAAGCAAAGAAGCGUUCGAGGAUUCGAGAUGGAGGUGAUGGUGCCUGUGCCUGUCAUGGCGCCAAGCGCACCGUGCAGCCCAAGAACCGCGACCAUGGCCGGCGGCGACCACCUCCCGGCCUACUGCUACUUCUUCUCCAGCGCCCCGACGAGCCCGUCCAGGGCGAGCUGCAACUGCAACCCCGCGUCGUCGCCGCCGGGUGGCGACGAGGCCAGCACGUUCGACUUCACGCUCGGGUUCAGCGGGCAGCUGCAGGAGGCCACGCCGACCCUCGCGGCCGCCGACGAGCUCUUCGAGGGCGGCAGGAUUCGGCCGCUGAACGCGCCGCACCCGAGCAUUCUGCGGGUCGCCAACGACGCCUCCUCCGGCUCCGCCGAUGGCACUCGGUGCUCCCCGAGGAGAGCCGGCGGCGCGGAUCGUCAAGCGGAGGCGGCGCCGUUGGAGAGAGGCAGGUCGGGCUGCAGGCCCUCCUCCGCCGCCGCUGCGGCGCCUUCUUCGUCGAGGAGCAGGAGCAGGAGGGCCACGCGGUCUCUGUCCCCGUUCAGGGGCGGCAGUGGCCUGGACGCCGCCGCCGCUGACGACGUCGACGACGAGUCCCCUCCUCCGUCUCCCCGAGCCUCCUCCAUGAUACGUGGCUGCGGCAGCGGCAGCGGCAGCAGGAAGUGGCGGCUCAAGGACCUGUUCCUCUUCCGCAGCGCGUCCGAGGGCCGCGCCACCGGCAAGGACCCGCUCCUCAAGUACACCGCGCUGUCGUCGGCGUCGUUCUGGCACCCCCACGGCCAGCCCCAGAGGCUAAGCAGCGCGUCCAUGUCCAUGCGCAAGGGAAGAGGGUCGGCUGCGUCGGCCGGCGACACGCCGUACGCCACGAUCAACCGGGCGGCCGCCGCCGAGGACGUGCGGCGCCGGACGACCACCGCCACCACCACGCCGCUGCCGUUCCACCGCAACAGCCUGUUCGGCUACCUGCGCUCCAACCCGGCGAUCCACAGCAUCAGCAGGAAGCUGGGGGGCAGCGGCCACUCCGGCUCGUCCUCGUCCUCCAGCCGCGGAGGCAGGCAGGCAGCAGGCCGACAUGACGAUCCGUACGCACGCACGGCACGACGCACAGCACCGCACCAGGAAUCUCGACGGCGAUGAUGCAGAAAUGGCCGCCGGAGGGAGGGAAGCGGCGUUGUACAUGUACUUGUCCCCUUUCCUCUUUCUCUUCGCUAGUACGUACAUUUUUGCAGCGUACGUAUUCUUUCGUUUCAUGUGAACCACAAGGUUUCCAUACUAGUAGUAAUAGCUAGCUAGCGUAGAUACGUACGUACACUACACGGUGAUGUUCCCAAGGAUUUUGUUGUUGUUGUUGUUGAAAAAGAAAAAUACCAGGACUAGUUUGGGAGCCUCAUUUUACCUU